GAAAUACUCAACUUUCUCCAACCGACCAAACGACAGACAUCGGGACACCGGACAGAUCCCCCGCUUCCUGUCGUCAUGGCAGCCAAAACCAAAUGGGGGUUCCUGAAAGGCCGCUUAAAACGAACCCCGAGCCACGACCUAGAGGCCAACCUGGAGAACGCAGAGCCUGAACUCUGCAUCAGACUGCUGCAGGUCCCCACCGUCGUUAACUACUCUGGUCUGCGGCAACGGUUAGAGACCAGUGAUCAGGCCUGGAUGGUCCAGUUUCUGGAGCUUGGAGGUUUGGACCUGCUGAUGGAGGUUCUGGAGCGUCUGUCUGGUCGUGGCUGCCCUCGCAUUGCCGACGCUCUGAUGCAGCUCACCUGCGUGACCUGCAUCCGAGCUGUGAUGAACUCAUCCGAAGGUCUGCACUUUAUUCUGGAGAACCUGGGCUACGUCAAGAACCUGUCCCAGGCUCUGGACACGUCUAACGUCAUGGUGAAGAUGCAGGUCUUUGACCUGCUGGCAGCCCUGGCUCUGUUUGACCCUAAGGGACACCACCUGGCCCUGGAGGCCCUGGACCACUACAAGAGUGUGAAGAAGCAGCAGUAUCGCUUCAGCGUGAUCAUGAACGAGCUCCACGGCACCACCAACCUCCCCUACAUCGUAACACUCAUGAGCUUCAUCAACAUGCUGGUGAUGGGACGAGAAGACCUGAGAAGGAGGAGCCGCCUGAGGCAGGAGUUCAUCGGACUGCAGCUGCUGGGUGAGCUCCCCAAACUGAGGGAGAUGGAGGACCAUGACCUGAACAUCCAGUGUGAUGCCUUUGAGGAUUCACUGACGGAGGACGAGGAAGAGAUGGAGAAGCUCUACGGAGGCAUCGACAUGAGCAGCCACCAGCAGGUCUUCACCUCUCUGUUCACCAAGGUGGCCAGCAGCCCGUCGUCGGCCCAGCUGCUGUCCGUCCUGCAGGCCUUGCUGGUGCUGGACCCGGGGACGUCUGAGGUGUGGCUGGCUCUGGAGCUUCUGGUUGAUAGACUCACACUGAUGUCGCAGCCCUUUGACCCGUCUACCAACUCUCUGCUGGACAGACUCCUCCCCCACAAGUCCCUCUCAGCCAAUCACAGGAUACAAACCAUCGACAGGGCGGCUCAGACACGACAAGCAGAAGGUUCAUCUGGUUCUCCAUGGGUUCCUUCCUCCCCCUUACCGGGAAUAGGAGCUCCUCCCCCUCCUCCUCCCUUACCUGGAAUGGGAGCUCCUCCCCCUCCACCCUUACCUGGAAUGGGAGCUCCUCCCCCUCCACCCUUACCUGAAAUGGGAGCCCCUCCCCUCUUACCUGGAAUGGGAGAUCCUCCCCCUCCUCCUCCCUUACCUGGAAUGGGAGCUCCUCUCCCUCCUCCCCCCUUACCUGGAAUGGGAGCUCCUCCCCCUCCUCCUCCCUUACCUGGAAUGGGAUCUCCUCCCCCUCCUCCCCCCUUACCUGGAAUGGGAUCUCCUCCCCCUCCUCCCCCCUUACCUGGAAUGGGAGCUCCUCCCCCUCCUCCCCCCUUACCUGGAAUGGGAGCUCCUCCCCCUCCACCCUUACCUGGAAUGGGAGCUCCUCCCCCUCCCCCGGGUGAUAUCUGCCUGGGGUCAUUUUACAGCCCCGCCCCCUGGCCCACCCUCCGUAUGAAGAAACUGAACUGGCAGAAGCUCCCGUCCAGGGCAGUGACAGCAGCACCACAGUCCCUGUGGACGUUGGUGUCUUUAGAAUCACUAGAACCAGAUUACUGCAGCAUUGAGCAGCUCUUCAGUCUUCCCCCAACUGAGACCACAAUCAAAGCCCAGGCCAAGCCCAAAGAGAUUUCAUUCAUCGAUGCCAAGAAAAGUCUACACCUCAACAUCUUCCUGAGGCAGUUCAAAUGUUCCCAUGAGGACUUUGUGUCUCUAAUCUGGAAGGGAGACAGAUCCAGGUUUGACGUUGAGCUGCUGAAGCAACUGAUAAAACUCCUACCUGAGAAGCAUGAGGUAGGGAACCUGAAGUCUCACCAGGCCGCCAAGGACACGUUGUCCCCGGUGGACCAGUUUUAUCUGAAGCUGCUGGAUGUCCCUUGUUACCCUCUGAGGGUCGAGUGCAUGUUGUUGUGUGAGGAGAGCAGCUCUCUGUUGGAGACCCUGAAGCCCAAAGUUGAGCUGCUGGGCCGAGCCUGCCAUAGUGUGAGGAAGAGCUCUCGUCUGCCCGCCUUCUGUAAACUCAUCCUGAGUGUGGGGAACUUUCUCAAUUAUGGGACUCACACAGGAAACGCACAAGGUUUUAAGAUCAACGCUCUGCUCAGACUGACAGAAACCAGAGCCAACAAGUCCAGAAUCACCCUGCUGCACCACAUCCUGCAGGAGGCAGAGCAGAACCAUCCGGACCUGUUGAAUCUGCCGGAUGACUUGAAAAUCUGUGAAGAGGCUGCUGGUUUGAAUCUGGAUUCGAUUCAGUCUGAGAGCAACACUGUGACCAACAAGCUGAGGAGUUCACAGAGUAAGGUAUGCUGUUCCUCGGAGGACCUGAAGGAGCAGUACCUGCCCCCACUCCAGGAGGGCCUGGAUGCAUGUGAGCAGCUGCAGCAGCUGUUGUCCUCGUUAGAGGACCAGAGGACAGAUCUUUCUGUCUACUUGUGUGAGGACAGCAGUGGCUUCUCCAUUGACGAGCUAUUCAACACCAUCAAGACCUUCAGAGGCUUGUUCCUCAGAGCCAUAAAGGAGAACGAGAGUUGCAUGCAGCAGGAGAAGCGGAGGAAGCUGCAAGAGGAGGACAGAAAACUCAAAGCAGACACCAACAAGAUCCUCAGAAACGACGUGUCCAAUCAGGGCGCAGGCUGCAUCAUCGACGACCUGCUGUCUGAGAUCAGGAGUGGCCACAACCUGAAGAGGACCAGACCACCAGCUCACAGGGGCGGCAGCGUCCAUGAUCACCCUGGGGUCAUACAGAGAUCAUUGGCUGUGAACCAGCCUGAUUCGUCUGUUUUCAGCCAAUCAGAGAAGCCUGCAGAAACACUAAAGAAUGUCCAGACCCCCUCAGAACCCCAGGCCGAAACAACACCAGAACCAGGCUCAUCUCAGAUUGAUGGCUGUCUCCCAGAGACCUGGAAGUCCUCUGAACCCUACACCUCUACCGCUGCUGCCACCAGAGAGCAGGACGAGAGCCAGACGGGACUCUGGAACAGUGAGGUGGACUCUGUCGGUCUGGAAAACAACGAAGAUCCACGUUCUCUGGAACCAGCAAGGAAUUCCAGGACCAGUCCUGAAGUUAGUAGAUGGCCCUCGUUAACGGGUAAGUGGACGUCCCCUCGUUAACGGGUAAGUGGACGUCCCCUCGUUAACGGGUAAGUGGGUGUCUCCUUGUUAAGGGGUA